AGCGAUUGUCAGCGUGGCAUAAUGAUUGAUGGCCUGGAGUCUGUGUAUACUCAGUCAGCGGCAAGCACACUGCAGGUUGUCCUCAAGGCCCUUAAGAAUCUUAAACACAUCUAUGUAGUCAACUUAUCUAAUUCCUACUCUGCCAUGAAUGCACAGAAGAGAGAAACUGAGGAAUCUCUGCAAAAGGAGGAAGUGGACAGGAAGGAGCAGUGGCUCCAGGAACUCGAUGAAGAGGAGUAUGAAUCUCUACCCAUGGAGCAGCAGGAGCUCAUUACUCAGAGACACAGAGAGAAAGUCAGGCAGCAAAAGCUCAGGUACUGACUGAAACUUGGGUGGACACACCAGACCUCAGUCUCGAGGUCUUUUUAACUUAAAGAAUAAGGGUUUCUUGUCUGGUAGUUCAAAUCAGAUUCAUCAGUCUCUUUC